AUGCCUCCUCCCUUAUCACGCCGAGUCCAGAGCAAUAACUGCAAGACAAGAAAAACCACAAUGCAAUGCAAAGGGACCUCUCUAGCAACAAGUCGCCCUCGGCUCGUCAAACGGGCUACUGCAGCCCGUGUGCCAGUGGCUGCAGUUCCGCCUUCAAAACCUGCUACAUUACAUCAAAAACUCCACGGUUUUCAUAUUGAACCGCCCUUGGUGAAAGAGCACGAACCUGAGAUUCCCAAAAAAGAUGUUUUGCGUGGGCAGAUUAUCGCUUUUCUCAGAGGAGAAGGACAGUCUGAGAGCACCAACGCUGAUUACAAGACCUUUUCUGACGUGUCCAUCGAUGAUUGCGAUUUGAUUUUGGAGGCCAUCGCCGAAGAUGAUAAUCAUCAAUUCAAUCGAUACAAGAUAUCAUAUUCCCCAUCGUCUAAACAGUUGGUCGCAACCCUGCCUACUCCAAUACACAAGAAUCUCCUCAAGCCGUUGGGGUUGGGAGAGGCGGGGUCUACAGAGAAAUCCCUCGGUACCUCUGAUGCGUUGGUUGAGUUCCAUGAUGAAGACAGAGGGCGUGUGCAGCUUUGGGGGACUGAGGUCACCUUCUCACAGACUCGCGAUGCUGCUAUCGCCAAACUCCAAUGUUCCGUCACCCUUAACCCACACAUGCGAGCUGUAACACUAUUCGAUAUCCUGGAAAAUCACCGCCACUCCCCACCAACAGAAUCGUCGGAUGCGUUUCGAAAACUGUCGAAGAAGAAGAAGGUCGCCUCAUACCACAAAUGGCUUCAGAAGGACGAUUCGCCAGUCUUUGGCCCAGUCACAGGCUUUACCCACACUUGGGUGUUGUCCCUCACUGUCGUUGUUUCGACUUGGCUCCAUCCUGAUGAUGGGCCAUUUGAUCUCUAUGAUCAUAAUCCACGAUACUUCGCAACUGCCAUGAGUUUCCCUCCCUCUUCAGGCCUCGAAAACCUGCAGCACCUAUUCCAUCGCACAUUUGCGAGUCUCAGGGACGCCACCAUCAGCUACAUGGAAGAAGUCAUGGCGGAAGAGGAUUCCAGUGUUUCGUCCGACAACUCUGACACUGAAGAUGAGUCCAGCGUUGAAGAUAAAUCCAACAUUGCAGAGGUAUCCUCAGAGGGGACUGGUGAAAGCCCUGACCCCUUCGAGCUCGCUCAUGCAUGGGUGCCUCCAAUAUCGCCUAUAGACUGGAAGGCAAUCAUGAAGCAGUUGUGGAACGCUGCACGGCAGACGGGCUAUACACGUUACUCCACCUGGCACGAGAAUUUGAUCAAGCGCACCGCUGAAGAGGCAGAGAUCUCUCCCAGAGCCUCCAAGAGGGCUAAAUGUUCAUGA